UAGCGAAUAUCUUUUGCCUAUCUUAUAACUGUGCUUCGAGAUACCGCGUCUCGAUGCUGCCAGCCAGUGCCGCGCCGACCGCCGCGAGAAACAGUCGCCGACCGGUCCACGAUGAAAAUAAUACACUUCGCGAUCGUCGUAACGCUAUGGAGCGGGGUCCUAGGUUACGACUAUCAUUGCAGCAAGCGAUCAGCUCUGCUGCUACUCAAACGACCAGCUUACGAAUUCUCAAUCAAAAUGCUGCAAAGAGUCACAGAGGACACUGAUUCUCAUUUUGUGUACUCGCCUCUCUCAACUUGGCUGCAAGUCACUGCCUUAGCAGAAGGAGCUACCGGCAGCACGUUAAGGGAAAUCUGGAACGUCACUAAACACCACAGAAACAGAUGCUUUAAAAAGAAAUUAAGCGAAAUUUUGGAAACUCUCAAUUCGGAACUAAGGUAUGAAAGCAAAAGGAAAAGUGUGAUGGCUGUUGAUAGAUUGAUACGGGUGAAAAAAUCUUAUAUGCGUGCUGUACAGAAGUUGUACGGAAUCAAAGUUAUGCAGCUUGAUUUUAACGAGCCUAAGAAAUCCGCAGACAAAGUGAAUAAAGCCAUCGAAGAUGGCACCGGUAGGGUCAUAGAUACAAUAGUGUAUUAUGAUGACUUUAUAGAUAGUACACUAGUUAUGAGUGACGCUAACUAUUUCAGGACUGAGUGGGAAACACCGUUUAACAGUGCAUACACACAGUUAAAACCUUUUUACUCAAACCGAGGAGUUAAGCAAGUUUACUUGAUGAACCAGAUCGGUUACUACCACUACGUUCAUAUGCCACAGAUUCAUGCCAAAGUUUUAGAAAUUCCGUGCGCGACUCGCAGAAUAUCAAUGCUGAUAUUUAUGCCAACUCAGAAAGAAUGGAUCGGGGAGAUCUUUUAUUCAUUGCAGAACACGAGCUUAACAGGCAUAUUUAACAUGUACAAGAAGAACAGAAAGCAGUUGAUCAAUUUGACGAUGCCAGUGUUCAGCCAACAAACGGAGAUUAUAAAUAUACCGGAGUUGCUUUAUGAUAUGGGGAUCAAGAAGAUCUUCAACCCAGACAUCGCUGAAUUUAAAACGGUAUCGAAUUAUAAAAUGCAUGCGUCUUUGAUGACCCAAGUGACGGAUAUUGAAGUCAAUGAAAAGGGUCUGACGGUGGAAACCGCUGCCGCCUUAGUCAAUAACGAUACUGUAACGGACUUUUUGGUGGACAGACCAUUUGCAUACAUGAUUGUUGAUAAAAUAACUGAGUUUAUUCUAUAUGCUGGUGUGUACUCUAUACCCGGUGAAGUGGGGACUGAAAUGAAUAAUGUUUAGUGACGGGUCGCGAAUGUCUUCUCAGAAUAAUUUGAUUGCGGUAUCGCUAUGUUUUAUUUGUGAAUGUUAGGCUGAAUGAGGACGUCAGGAUAUAUGAGUGUUGUAAUGUUAGACAGUUUGACAUUUCGUGAACUCUAGUGAAAGUGAAAUCUUACCUAUUUGAAUGAGGCUUCAAUUUAGGUAAAUAUAAUCUACUAUAGCGGUAAAACGGGGUGAAUAGGACCGGCGAGGUAAAUAGAGACGAAUUUUGUGAGGGAGUCGUCAACUUUCGGUUUGCUUUUUUUGAACCGUUUACAAAAUCAAUCUUUAUCAACUCCUAGUUUUACUUAGACUUAUUCUCCCCGUUUUACUGAAACCAUUUGUAAUAUUUAUAACUAUUAUGUGCUAAGUUAAAAUUGUAACUUAUCAGUCAUUAAAUUAUGUGUUAUUUUUAAUGUAGUUAAGUUAAUUCUGACUAAUUAUCUCCAAUGUAGUUAAGUAGACAUUUCUUGAAGCAGUUAGUUUAUAAUUGUCAAAGCCUGGUUGAUUAAUGUGUACGAGUCAAUAGACCUUGAAAAUGUACGUAUUUACUUUGAAAGGAAUAAAAGAAGUACUGUUAUCAAAAAACUGUAGUUCCAAAAAAAACAGCACUUUUCUUGAAAGAUGAAAAUAACAAUGAAAGGUUUUCCUAAAUUUUAAAUGGUUAUAAU